ACAGAAUAAUAUAGUUGCACAAAAGUAAAAUUUACGAUAUAAAAAUGAAAAGUGAACAUCGUAAGAAAUCAAAUUUACCAGGGAACGAUGACAUUACAAGUCUAAGUUCUCUUGAUUUAAGUAAUGUUUCAAGCGGCGUUAUAAACAAAGCCAAUUUCUUUUAUGGCAGUCGAAAAUCAGCUUAUAAAGCCGUUUUAAGAGAGUACUCCAAGAAGACUUCAGUACAUGGAUUAAAUUAUGUUUUGCAAAUUCAUCGACCAUUUUAUGAAAAAUUAUACUGGAUUGUUGCAUUAUUGUUAUCACUUUAUUUGGCAACAUACUAUAUGUGGGGUAGCUAUGUUAAAUGGUCGAAUAUACCAAUAAUAUUAGGUUUUGAUGAAACACUGGUGAAAAUUAAUCAAAUACCAUUUCCAACUAUAACCAUAUGUCCGGAAAACCAAAUAAAUUUUAUAAAUUACCAGUUUUCAAAUAUAUCGGAUUUAAUAUGGUUUGAAAUUGAAGAAUAUGGAAAUUUUCAAAACAGGAACAACAUAAGUGAAGAAGAAAAACUAAAUUUUUUGUUGACGUUGCAAAUAUGUGACCAAGAGACAAUCGAUAGAUAUUCUCCCUAUAUGCCAAAAAAUUUAAAUAUAAACGUGGCUCAAAAUCUAAUCGAUAUAGUAAGCGAUGCACAAACGAUAUUAACUUUUGUUGAAUUUAAGGGUGAUUCAAAUGACUAUGAUCUUGAAAUGGUUCUCACUAAUGAGGGCGUUUGUUAUCAGUUUAAUGGAUUAAAUCAUCAAGAUAUUUAUAACAAUAUAGAUUAUAUUCCUUAUAAUGGUGGUCUAAAAAAUAAUAUUAGCGUAACGGGAAGUUGGUCUUUAGAUGAUGGAUAUCAGAAUUCCAGUGAAUAUCCUAUAAGAACAAGUUCCUCAUCUAUUAGCAGCGGUUUUUAUCUUUAUUCGCUGAGAUUGAAAAGUUUUAAACAAGUUUUUAAGGUAUUUAUAAACUCUCCCGAUAAUAUACCCCAAACAACGGAUAAUUAUUACAUUAUGGUUCCUGACUCCAAGCAAGUAAUUGUAACAGUUUUACCACAAUUUAUUAAGACUCAAGCUAAUUUAAGGGAUUUUGACAUCGAAAAGAGACAAUGUUAUUUUAAUAAGGAGCGGAAUUUACGUUUCUUCAAAUUCUAUACUCAAAAUAAUUGCCAAACAGAAUGUUUAACUAAUUAUACCAUAGCAAAGUGUGGAUGCGCUAAGUUUUGGAUGCCCAAACCUUCGGAUAUUCCGUUUUGUGAUUUCACACAAUUAACCUGUUGCUCUAAAGCCGCCCAAGAGUUGGAUGUCAUUUUAACUAAUCAAACUAUUAAAAAACUAAAGAUCCCAAAGUGAAAAUAAUGUGUGAUUGCAUACCAGCCUGUAAUUCUCUGGAAUAUAAUUACGAAAUUACACAAGGAACUGUUAAUAUAAUGCUUUUUUAAAGGCUUCCCGACUAAUUGAAGGUGCUGGAGAGGAUUACAUAGAAUCUGAUCUAAUAGUCCACUAUAAGGAAUCACAAUUUACUGCCAUUAAACGUACUGUGAUAUACGAUCGUACUCAAUUAUUGCAAACUGUGGUGCCAUUUUUGGAUUAUUUAUGGGUGGUUCAAUAAUAAGUUUAAUCGAAUUUAUAUAUUUCUUUUUUUUGCGUUUAUUUAACAAUUAUCGUAGGAGGCUUUUAAUUCAAAAGAAGUUAAAACAAUUAGAAAUGUUCAAUUGUUUAUAGUUUUUUUAUAUUAAUUAAUAA